CCCAGGGACGGGCCCUGGAGGCCGAAACUGAGGAACAACGCCAGGGAUUGAGGAAAAAGCGCGUAUCGUCACGUCGUCGGAGAUCCGGGCCCGUCUCCCUCGUGGAGCGACGACGGGGAGGCCAAGUGGAUGGCACUGCAGGGCUGGUGCGCACGCUUCAGGGAGGAGCGUGGCCGAGAGCCCAAGCUGUGGCUGGACAAGUGCUGCAUAGACCAGACGGACGUCGAGACUAGCCUACGCUGCCUGCCCCUAUUCCUGAGCGGCUGCAAGGGACUCGUCGUAUUUUGAAUGAGAAAAAACGCGUGACACAAGCGAACAUUCGGAGGUCCCCUGGCGCUGAGUCCCUCUGGUGGCGCCUCUGGCGCCGCACCUGGCGCGCAGGAAGGGGGACCCAGCUCCGAUCUAAGCAAUCCGCGCGGACCUCCGAAAGAUGAUAUUUAUGCAGCUUUUCUCAUUCGGCCAUUGUGUGGCCCCACCUUUUUUAGCAGGCUGUGGUGUGUCCUCGAGCUCUUCACGCACUACCACAUGGGAAUAGACGUGUACCGGCUGUCGGUCAUCCCCGUGCUGCGCGAGGGCAUGGCCGAGGCGGACGCCCAGGCCGUCCAGUCGCGGGCGCACCACUUUGAUGUUCUGCAGUGCCGCUGCUCCAGCCCCGAGGACUCGCAGAAGAUCAUGGACGUGAUCCUGGCCGCCUUUGGCACGUCCGACGCCUUCAACGAGACCAUCCGCGGGAUGCUUCGGGACGCCGGCAUCACGGACCACGAGUGUUCCGACUGCUCCUCCGAAAGCUCUGACGGCUCAGCCUCGGCGUGCCGGCGAACUGGCGCGCGCGGCCCGACCGUGCAAUGGAUCGCCAGCGCCACGUGCGGUUAUGAUAGCCCCGUCGUGGGUGAUUCCGACAGCUCCGGGUCGGACAAAAGUCAAGUCGAAGGGCAGGGGUGAAUGCGGCUCGUUUGGCGCGGCCGCUUGCAAUGGGGCGCGGCAGGAGAGGUGGCCGCCUCUCGCAA